UAAUGGACCAGUAUGCGCCAGCGAAACGUUUAGCGCUUAGCCUACUCGAUCUUGAGAUGUAGUCUACCCACCGAACUAGGCUUAGCCCACGAUCUACCCGCAAACUAGCCCUCGAGCCCUACAGCUCGGGUCCGUAAAAUAGUCCGCAACACACUUCGGGCCCGUAAGUCCAGAAGGCAGAAUCAUCCACCUUUCCCUGACGGGCGACUUUUUGCGAGAUGCAAUUCAAGACUAUGUUUUACGACAGAGCAAGGAAGGCUUCACGCGCAACGCAACGUCAACACAACUCGACUCGACGGAGGCCUAUUUAACAAAGCCAGCGCACGCCUCUGUUUCCGAGCCCCUAUAGCGAUGACCACUUCUCCUCGGUAGUCGAACCCCUUAACCACCUCUUCACCCUCCAAGACUCAGCAUCUUUCUCCCAUACACUCGCGCCUCUAUCCCCGCCGCACCCACAAUGCGCGUCCUCAUCAGCGGCGCCGGCAUCGCGGGCCCCACGCUCGCCUACUUCCUCGCCAAAGCCGGCGGCGCCCGCAUCACGCUCGUCGAGAAGGCGCCCACGCAGCUCCCUUACGGCCAGAAUAUCGACAUCCAAGGCAGCGCUCGCAAAGUGAUCGCCAAGAUGGGUCUCCUAGAUGAAGUGCGCCGCAACCACACGACGGAGAAGGGGACGCAGUUCAUCGAUCCGCAGGGCCGGCCGUUCGCGGGCCUGGGCCUCGAGGAGGGCAAGCCGCCGGUGAGCCUGACGUCGGAGUUUGAGAUCCUGCGGGGCGACCUGGCGGCGGUGCUGUGGCGGGCGACGGAGGGCAUGGUGGGCGUGACGUACAUGUUCGGGACCACUGUUAAGGCGGUGCUGUCCAGCGACGAGGCGGGCGUGAGAGUCGAACUCAGCGAUGGCGCCGUGCACGCGUUCGACCUGCUCGUCCUCGCAGACGGCCAGUGGUCCAAGCUGCGCAAGCACUGCUUCCCCGCGGAACGCAUCAGCGUCCUCGACAAGAACAUGUACGUCGCGUACUUCACCGUCCCGCGACGCCCUGAAGACACCGCCUGGUGGAACGUCUACCACGCGCUCGGCGCGCGCAUCGUCACCACGCGGCCCGACCCGCACGGCACCAUGCGCGCCAUGUUCAGCUGCAUGCCGCGCACGCCCGCGCAGAAGACGGCGUGGCAGGACGCGUGCAGGGCCGAGAGGGCGACGCAGCAGGCGCUCGUGAGAGCCGAGUUCGCGGAUGCAGGGUGGCAGGCGCAGCGGCUGCUGGACGCCAUGCCACAGGCGCCCGACUUCUACUUCCACCCCAUGCAGCAGAUCAGGAUGGACAAGUGGUUCCAAGGGCGCGUCGUGUGUCUCGGCGACACGGCGUGGGCGCCCACGCCGCUCACGGGCAUGGGGACGAGUCUGGCUAUCACGGGCGCAUACGUGCUUGCAGGCGAGCUGAGCAAGCUCGGUGCGGGCGAGCAUCCUGCGAGGGCGCUCGAGGCUUUCGACACCGCGUUCCGCCCGUUUGUCGAGCAGAGUCAGCAGAUUCCGCCGUUUGUGCCGGGCAUUGCGCAUCCCGAGACGGCGGUCGGGAGGUGGGUGUUCCAGGCGUUUGUGGCGACGCUGGCGAGGAUCGUGGCGAUUCCGUGGGUGGCGAGGAAGUUCGACGGCGGUGGGCCGGCGAACGAGGAUGAUUUUCUGUUGCCAGAGUAUGCGAGCUUCGAGGAUGAGAAGGCCGGGUGAGGUAGGGAUGUGUGGUUAGAUAUGUCGGAAGAAUCCGUGUGUACACAGAGGCGCUCGAGGUCAGCGGGGUCGGCGAGAUCGAGGAG